AGGUUCAACCAAUUUUUUUACAGUCUAGUGUCUGUGGCUCCGUAAUUAAUUGUAGCUGCUGUCUCUUAUCGACGUGUUUUUAGAGAACAUGAAGUAGUUGUUUUUUUUUACUACAGGAGUUGCCAGCGGAUGAGAUUGAGGUCCAACUGUGCUGCUGCUGUUGCUAUUUUACUUAUGUGUGAUGUUGGAUAUGGGAGAAAGGAAAGAAGUGAAAAUGAUUCCUAAAUCAUCGUUCAGUAUAAACAGCCUGGUGCCUGAAGCCGUCCAAAGUGACAACCACCACAGAUCAGCCCCCGAAGAACACGAGAAACAUCUUUUGCCCAACCCGGUGCAGGACUCAAAGCCCGAGAACAUUGACAAUACGAAUGAAAAUAGUUCGCCCGAGUUACCUUGCUCGGAAGAAAAGGAAAAGCAGGAAGAGAAAAAAGUGGAGUGCAAAGAAGGGGACGGUGGUAAAGACGGGGAAAAGAAAAAUGGCAAAUAUGAAAAACCACCUUUCAGCUACAACGCUUUAAUCAUGAUGGCUAUUAGACAAAGCCCGGAGAAACGAUUGACACUUAAUGGCAUCUACGAAUUUAUAAUGAAAAAUUUCCCUUAUUAUAGAGAAAACAAACAGGGCUGGCAAAACUCCAUCAGACACAACCUGAGCCUGAACAAAUGUUUUGUAAAAGUUCCAAGACACUACGACGACCCCGGUAAAGGGAACUACUGGAUGCUGGACCCUUCUAGCGACGAUGUGUUCAUAGGUGGCACAACUGGAAAACUUCGUAGGAGAUCGACAACCUCUAGAGCCAAACUGGCUUUUAAACGGGGAGCUCGCCUUACUUCUACGGGUCUGACAUUUAUGGAUAGGGCCGGUUCCUUGUACUGGCCAAUGUCUCCUUUCCUUUCGCUCCAUCAUCCCCGGGCCAGCAGUGCUUUGAGUUACAAUGGGACGACCGCUGCUUACCCUAGCCACCCAAUGUCUUACAGCUCGUUAUUGACUCAGAGCACUUUGGGAAACAACCACUCGUUUUCUGCCACAAAUGGGCUAAGUGUAGAUAGACUUGUAAAUGGAGACAUUCCUUAUGCCACUCAUCACCUCACAGCAGCAGCCUUGGCUGCCUCCGUGCCAUGUGGUUUAUCAGUGCCCUGCUCAGGCACGUAUUCCUUAAACCCUUGUUCAGUAAAUCUUUUAUCAGGACAGGCAAGUUACUUUUUCCCUCAUGUCCCACACCCUUCAAUGACUUCUCAAAGCAGCACUUCAAUGACGGCCAGGGCAGCCUCCUCCACGUCUCCACAGGCUCCUUCAUCUCUCGCCUGUGAGUCUUUAAGACCCUCUUUGCCAAGUUUCACUACAGGCCUUUCUGGAGGACUUUCUGAUUACUUCCCACAUCACAGUCAGGGGUCUACUUCAAACCCUCUUAUACACUAACAAACUGGAUCAGACUACCCUAUGUGUGGCAAUACAGCAAAAUGGAACUGUCCUAUUUCAGCAAAAAAAAAAACCAUUGCAUUAUGUCUGUAAAUUCUGCAUGUAUAUGUUGUUACUGCAAGUGCUUGUAUUUGUUAACGUGAAAACCCUUGUGGUUUGUGAAAGUUUAGAAUAUCAUGUAUAAGAUGAUGUUUUUGUAGGCCUAUACGUGGGACAACAUUGCUGGUAAUUGUAAAUCACAUGACUUGAAUAGCAGCUUCAUACAGUUCAGACUUAUUUCCAUGACAGCUAUCCAGUAUCUUAAUAUAAUAUAAACAGCAUGUUCCAAUACCGGCAUUAAAUGUGAAAUGCUGGUGUCAUUUAUGUCCUGAAUAUUCCAUCUAUUCUAUCAAGCUUUAAUUAAUUGGUCGCUUUCAGAAAUAAUUUGACAUAUCGUUUAGUAAGCAUGUAAGAUGCGGUGAAAUAUCUGUUGCACUCCUUUAAUGAGACAUUAUUGUAAUAAAAAAAAUACUCACCAUUUCUUAUUGGCUGUUAUAACCUCUUUUUUGGGGGGACUAUCUUUGUUAUCCUAAAGUGUUCUCCCUGUAACAGCUACUCUUUAUGACGUAAAUACAUAAAACACACCGACAUGCACAUGGUAUGUACAGAAACACAAACUGUCCGCAGAAAAAAAUAUUCUCAUUUUUUUAAAUAAAUGAAGUGUGUGUGAGUUUGCUUGUAAUUGUAAUUAUGUUUCUAUUCCUGCAAUAAAUGUUUGAAAACUUCUUCUAGACCUUCAUGGAAGAUUUUAAGCUUAUCUCUCCUGCAACAUUUUCACAUCUGCGGGCUUGUAGUGAAAACAUGAAGGGGCUCAUGGGAAUACAAUACAUUUACAAAUCUCUACAAUCUAUGGUAUGACAGUGCUGGAAUUGUUUCUUUUCAACUACCGUCUAACACAGUAAGCAAUAUUGGGGGAAAAAAAUACAUAUGUAUUUGUGAAACAAAAUAGAAAACUUUCUUGACAAUUGUAAUUUUUAAAAUGUAUUUCUGUUAGAAAAAUAGGGCUCACAUCGCGCUGAAGUUUUAUUUUCUAUAUUUAUUUAAACUUUUAUUAUUAUUAUUAUUAUUAUUAUUAUUAAUAAAAGAUAGGCCUAUCUGUAGAAUUUAAAUAUUUAAUCUCAUUUGCAUGGGGGUCCAAUGUCUGUCACAGAAAAAUGAAUUUGAAAAGCCGAUUAAAUGACCUUAAAUAUGGACAUUUCAUGGUUUUUUUAUGUUCCUGUUGUCUGUACAAGGAGUCCUUCGAGAGAGUAUUUCAUUUGUUCUUGGUGACCUGCAUUGGGAAUACCUGUCCAUGGAAAUGAACAUGCAUAUUUUAUCAAAGCUCUGAAUCUGACAGGUAAAUUACAUUUCCACCGCUAAAAGGGAAUGAUCAAAAAGAAAAAAAAGGUCACAAUCUAGCUUUGACAUGAACCCUCACAUAAAGGAAAAGCACACUUGCACUCAUUUGGCUCAGCAUCUGAACAGCCUCGUUAAAUCAAGAUAACCUUUAACCCCUUUAAAAUACACCCAUUCUCAGUGCUAAAUAUUGUCGUUUGUUUUACAGCGAAAUGGGAAGGUUCUUGCAAAAUGGCAUAAAUAUAAAUUUCAAAUAAAUUAACUGAUGUAUAUUUGUGUCUCCUGUUUACUUUAUCCAAGUUAUUUAUUUUCUGUCUUAAUAUAUCGAGUUUAUUUACAAAAUGUUUCAAGCUCACAGGGUAUAAUUUGCUUGUUUCAUUUAUGAAAUCUCAGGUGACUCUUGGAACAUUUCAAAUAGAGGUUAUUUUUUUAUAUACAUUCAUGUCAUGUGUUCACAGACUCUAAGUAAUUUGUUAAACACCUGAAUGAUUUGUUAGAAAUUUUAUCAAUGUGUCACAUGAAUCUGCAGGAAUCCAAAUAUGACUCUCACAUUUUUUUUUUAUCUGAAACUAAUUACUCCAAAAUCAGAUUGCAUAUAAUUAUUCAAACAGUGUCUUUUCAUCACCCACCUCCAUUGAAAGCAUAAGUAAAGAGCUAUAUGGAUUAUUCUCAAAUGACAAAACAAAUACCACUUGAAUCGUAUCGUUAAACUUUAAAGCAAACAGCUUUUCAUUGUCAUGUUCCACUCCAGAAAAACAAAAUGCUUUUAAAAUGUGGAAUCUUUCACCUUUUUCCUAGUGAGCCGCAAAGAAAGAAGAUGGGUAUAAUUUUUUUUUUUUUUUUUUGCAGGGGUGAAGUAGGUUGUCUGUCAGUUGAGUUUAGGCGACAGUCUGUCUACAGACUGUAAGAUGAUCUGCCCAGUGCCAGAGGAAAGCAGGCAGGAUUCCUGGCUUGCAAGCUCAGCUAUUGAUCUACCUCAGCCACCUAAACAAUGCCUCACCUGUUUGCCUUGUCCAUACUUUAUUUUACGCAGUCUAAUGCUUGUUUUGUUUGACUUUUCUUUUAUUUCUGUGGAUCUGAGCUUUGAUACACUUUGGGGAGUACAUAAACACAGUGUUGUACUUGAACAUCACUAUACUUCAGAGUACUCUGGUGGCUUAGGACCACCAUCUCGCUAUACAAGCAUGGCUCUGUUAUAGAAAAUUAUUAGCGGGUGACUAAAGAAUUAGGCCACAAACAAAAGUUUUUGAUUCAGCAGACUAGUGUCCAAUAACAUAAAAUGUGAGAUGCUACAAAUUACUCCAUUAUGGCUCCCAGUUAACUACUUUUUUCCUUGAGCUGGUUGUUAAACACAUCGAGAUUAGUUACUGUGCUUGUUAGAUUUCCAGCCACCUUUUUAUGUCUUUGCACAGAUAUACAGUGUACUGCCUCAAGGGCUAUCGGAACAGAAAACGAGACUCAUUUUCUUAGACAAUCAUUAUAUAAAUAUAUUACCACCACUUAUUAACAGUUUGUCAUUUCCUGCUGACAACUCUUCCAACUUUGCCAGCAGGCAAAAUGUCAGACAACUAUCUUGUGCUGUUAUGAGCUAACAAGGGCAAACUAAAAUUCCUUUGUGAACAAGACUUCAGGGUAAGACUCCAUCAGACACCUACGUACAUAUUUUUCUUUUUUUUCAAAAUGUCAAAGUUUUAAAAAUGUAAUUGGUACACUACCUCAUGGGAGUCAGAAACAACUGCAUAGGAGGCUAAGAGAUAUGACAUGAAUAUGCUGUUGCAUUAGGGAAAGGAAGAUUAUAAAUAGAUAGUACAAUGUUGAUUAUUGCAGUCAGCCAGGAGUAUUCAUGCUGAAUUUAACAGGUAAUAUUAACUAGUUUGAAUAGCAAGAUUGCACAAAAUUGUAAAUUUAAAAAAAAAAAAGUAUUUAUGUAAGUAAACACAUUUUUCUAAUAAAGUUCAAACAGGUGUCAUAAAUUACUUUAACUACAUGGUCAAAUUGUUCAAAUGAAAUGCAUGUAAGUACCAGUUAUGGAGGUGACUUUGCUGUAUGGAUUCAAGACAAAUGACUGACAUCACCAAAAGCUACACACUUAUUCUUGAAAAAAAAAAUUACUGAAUCAAAGAGGGACUCGU